AUGGCGGGAGGGAGUUCUGGGAGGAAGAUGGAUCAGACGCCCUCCUGGGCGGUGGCAACAGUUUGUACGGUGAUCAUCAUCAUCUCGCUUCUGUUGGAGAAGGGGCUCCAUCGCAUUGGGAAGGUGAGUUUCUUCCACCUUCGGAUCCUGCUGAAUGAAUGAACGAAUGGUUUGAGCAGGGUUUCAGGAGUUUUGGUACGCUUUUAGAGAUUGAAGUGUUAUUAGAAAGAAUCUCCGGGGUGAUUCUUUUUCUCUCGGCGUGAUUCCUGAUGAGUUUGGCUCAUUUCAAUUUCAGUGGUUCUCUGAUAAACACAAGAGGGCGAUGGUUGAAGCUCUGGAGAAGAUCAAAGACGGUAAGAGCCACACGCUUCAUCUCAUCUCAUCUCAUCCAACCAUCAGCAUGAAGAUUGGGGGGAAACUGAGAAAAGACCCAUACUGGGAUCUCUGGAUUUCCUUCAAAAACGUUGACUUACACGUUUCUCUCGUGAACUUCGAUGGCUUCCCUUUUAUGUUCUUCCGUGUUUGGAACAAUCCCACAUCAGAGGAAAUUAGAACAAAAAAAGAAAAAAGAAAAAAAGAAGAAAGAAAACCCUGAAGUUACAUAGGGAUAACCCUAGUUCUUGACGUAAUUAGACAUCUGCGGAGGAGGGAACGAAAUCAGAGCCUGUGGGCAUACGGAUGAUGGGUAACAACAAGCAGUAGACUGGCCUCAAGCUACUCUUUUUUCUUGUUCUUGAGAUUUGUGAUGAUUGAUCCAGGGACCUUGGCUCUGCGUCAAGAAUGGCCCGAGAUUGAAACAAAUAAAAACAAGUGAAAUGAAUAAAUAUGGAAUAAAUGAAGGGAACAUGUGACUCACGAAGCUUCCUCCUCUUGCAGAGUUGAUGAUUCUCGGGUUCAUCUCCUUGUUGCUGACGUUUGUGGGGGACUAUGCGGAUAAAAUCUGCGUACCAUUAAGUGCUGGGAACACAAUGCUGCCCUGCCCCCUCAGGGAAGAGAAGCCAGGCAAAAAAGGAGGCCGAAGGCUCUUGUGGGAUCUCGCGGUCGGCAUGGAGUCCAAGAGGAGGAUGUUGGCUGGGGCAAGUGACUCUGCAUGUUCAGAGGUAUGUGGAGCCACCCUCUUUGGGGGUCAUUUCAUGAUUUAAUGGGGAGUUAGUUCCUCGCAUUAUAGUCAACUCAAGAGGCAGCUGAUCUAAUUUAGUCCACGGUCACCUCUAUAGGUGCUUCCACUGCUCACCUAAAAAUAAAAUAAAUAAAUAAAAAUAAAUAUAUAUACUCUUUUUUGAGAUUAUGGGUAGUUGGGAGGAAAGGUGUUGACGGGCAGUGUCUCCUAGUCAGUUUAAGCAUCCAGAAAAGGUUUUUUUUUUGGAUUUCAACCCCUGAAAGCUCAGCAAAUGACGAGGGCUGUUUCCUUGCCCAGCAGCCUUGGCAUCUUGCAUUUCUCCAGUUGGUCAUCUAAAGAAGAUCAAUAAAGACACAGGCUGACUGUUUCAUUAAUAAGACCAAAAAUUACUCUCUAUCUCUCUGUGCCCAUCAAAGUGGGAGACGCGAGAGCUUGGUUGAUCUCCUUCUCCUCGAGUUUAGAUGUGGCGCAGGUCCGAGGGUUUAUUGAUUCACUACUUUCUUCAACAGGGUAAGGUGGCCUUUAUGUCCGCAUAUGCCAUCCACCAGCUGCACAUCUUCAUAUUCUUUCUGGCAAUCUUCCAUCUGCUCUACACCGCCGCGACCAUGGCUCUCGGGAGGGCAAAGGUCAGAUACUCUCAGCUGCCCCACCAUAAAAUAUUUCCAGGAAUCCAUGGCUUCCACACCCGGAAACAAUGCUAAAUAUUCUCAUGUUCGUUUUGUAGAUUCGCAGGUGGAAGGAGUGGGAAAGGGAGACCUCAUCGCUCGACUAUGAGUUCUCAAAUGGUAGGCUCCUGGAAUUUGGCGAAGUCCUGAUUGCCCUGUUUUACUAUCUCAUUGAUGGAACAAUGGCCCGGUCAUCUUGCAGACCCUUCAAGAUUCAGAUUCGCCCAUGAGACGUCCUUUGUGAGGCAGCACACGAGCUUCUGGGACCGGAUUCCUUUCUUGCUCUACAUUGUGAGGAUCUCUUGUUCUUCUUUCCUUCAUGAACUCAGUGUGCCGGUUUUUCAUUAUCUGAUCAAUGGUGGAGAAGAGCUGCCAAAGCCGGUUUAGUCCCAUAUUCUGGGUGCCAAAGGGCUGGCCCGGCCUAAUACGUGACAUCAUUUAGGUGGCCCGAACCUGGCCAGGGGCCAGAGACAAAGCUCCGGGUUAAUGGGUUCUGGGGUUAGGCCCGGGCUGCCAAGGCUGCCAAGGCCAGGUCUGGGCUUUCCAGGCCCAUUGAUUCCAAGCACGAGACUUCUGCAGUGAAAAGAUUUAGUUCAGCAAGAUCAAAUCUUCUACCUGUUCCUCAUUCUUUGUUUCUGGAGGGUCAAUGUCGAUGUGUUCUGUUCUGUGGCGGCUGUCUCAUUUGCAUCCCUCUUCAGGUGAGCUUCUUCCGACAGUUCUUUUGGUCUGUUCGCAAGGCGGAUUACCUCACCAUGCGCCACGGCUUCAUCUCCGUGAGUUCCUUCAACAGUGUGAUCCAUAAACAGCUCCAUGUUUUUUACCCCCCCUCCCUUGUGACUGGUUCUUGCCUCACUGCCCUUGCAGACCCACUUGACCCCAGGCACUAGGUUUGACUUUCAGAAGUACAUCAAACGGUCUCUGGAGGACGAUUUCGUAGUAAUUGUCGGCAUUAGGUAAAUGAUGGCCAUGCUACCUUCCUCCUCUUCGAACGUUGAUGGUCACAGCCCAGUUUCCUGAAAUGGAUGGUAUUUACUGCGCCUUUCUGGAGCAAGAAAGUUUUUAACCAGGGCUGCCGAUGGGGCUGAUAAUUCCAUAUAAGUGAUACUAAUCUGUAUAUAAUCUUCGUAAUCCUGUACAUACGCUGUAACAUCACUUCGUCAUCUCUGUUUCACCAUAGCUUUGACUUCAUUUUCUCUUCACAGCUGUUCUACUCUGCCCAUUUCGUUCUAACCUGUUCUUUUCGCAUCCAUGCAGUCCAAUCCUGUGGGCUUCUGCCGUGAUCUUCCUGCUCAUCAACGUCCAUGGUGAGCUACUACCAAGAAAGAUUCUAAUUACGGCAAUCCUUCCUUGUAUUCUGGUGAAAUUAUCAUCCCGGCCUGACUGUGAGCUUUCCUUUCCUUCCAGGAUGGCAUACCCUGUUCUGGAUUUCUCUGGUCCCCCCAGUGGUGGGAGAUCUCUGGGACUGUAAUCGUAUCUGUUCAUCUGUCCUUCCAACUGUUGGGGUCCAAGCUCAUCUGAUUUAUCUGUGACCUUGAGCAGAUAAUCUUGGUAGUUGGGACAAAGCUGCAGGCUAUCAUCACCUGGAUGGCCCUCGAGAUCAAAGAGAGACACGUGGUGGUUCAAGGGAUUCCUGUGGUUCAGCUCUCCGAUCACCACUUCUGGUUCGGCAAACCUGGUCUCGUCCUAUUUCUCAUCCAUUUCACGCUUUUUCAGGUAAUUGUGGGCUCUUCCUCCCUUUCUUGUGAUCUAAAGUAAUGAAAACUGUUGAACACUAUAUAAUAGAAAUAAAAUCACCAUUUCAAAGGAACUAAUCAGCUACAUCCCCACCAUUACGAUGACCAUGAACUUGUCUGACAAUCUGAUGUCAUUGAUCUUUGUUGCAGAAUGCAUUCCAGUUGAUCUACUUUCUGUGGAUUUGGGUAAGAACACAUAUUUCCUUAUCCCUGCAGUUGGGUACUAUUCUGGGCUAUCCGUAUUCUAUUUUCGUGGAUCUGAUGUUUCCAUUCAUCUUCUUCGGACCUGCAGUAUGCAUUUGGGCUGAAUUCAUGCUUUCAUGAAAGCUUCGGGUUGGUCAUAGCAAGAGUUGCUAUCGGGUAAGGCAUACUUGAUGAUGACACUCCAUCUUCUUCACAAUGUCAUUGAACAAACAUUCAAAGCAUCUAGGAAACACAGAAGCUUGAGAUUUACAAGGCAUUGGAUUUCUCUGAUGUCUCACUCCUAACAGACAAAAGAAUAAUACAGAAACAAAAAAGUUAGAACAAUUUCCUUCUAUUACUGCUAGCAUACACGCAUGCUUGGUGGGGCUUUCUCAUCAUGGUCCCCGGGGUUCUCUGCAGGGUAUCGGUCCAAAUUCUGUGCAGCUACGUCACACUUCCACUCUAUGCUCUCGUCUCUCAGGUAUCCUCCUCCACUGACUGCUACUUGUCGUCCGGCUGUUAUAGGAGAGAAGGGAUGUAGUCUUAUGCAUUAGGAGAUUUUGAAAGGAAAACCAGGCAUGAAUGGGAGGCUGACCAGGGUGAUCUGGACUUGUGUUCCCAUCUCAGAUGGGAUCGCGUAUGAAGAGAACCGUCUUCGACGAGCAGGCCGCCAAGGCCAUCACGAACUGGCAGAAACUGGCGAGGAAGAGGCGCGGAGGCGGCAAGUCGUCGACUCACUCCCCUUUCCGGACUCCCACAGAGAGCCGCAGCGGGAGCCCUAGCGCCUCUCCUGCGCGGCCAAUGCAGAGGUUCAUGACCACAGGCCACGUGACGGCCAUGACCACCCUUCCUCGGCGGUACUACUCCGACAACGAGCUCACGGACAACGAGCCCGAGGCGCCGCUCUUCUCGCCCCGCCACACGGACUCCGUCGCGCCGGCGGAGCAGCGCCUGGAGGUAACCGAAGACCGGCGAAACCCCACCAAGGACUUCUCCUUCGCGAAGGCCGCCUCCUCCGGCCGCUCGCCCCUGGUCUGA